CCCAAGCUCAGCCUUGGUCCUGAAGAGGAAAGCGCAGAGCAAGCCAGGAUGCGCGGUGUCCGUCAUUCUCGGUGUAAACUCCGAGGAGCCGCCGUCGUGGUCGGCAAGGAAGUGGGAGGAGCCCAGGAGGCACCAAGCUGCAGGAAUUCCAGUCUCCUCGAUGGCGGCCCCGGGGUGCGCCCCGUGGUGGCUGCCGCUGCUCCAGCUGCUGCUGGCUGCAGGCGCGGGGGGCGCGCAGUGGAGCGGGAAGGGCACCAGCCAACGCCUGCAGAGCAUCUUCCUGGGCCGCUGCGCCGAGUACUGCUCGCUGAAGAAAUUUACUUGCAGUCCUGCCUGGCCUCAGAGCACAAGAUAUGUCACAUUUCUGAGCAAACUACCUUUUUCCUGCAGGAGAAAUGGAGGCCCGAGGGACAAGAACUGCACAGCCAUCUGGGAAGCCUUUAAAGUGGUGCUGGACAAGGACCCUUGUUCUGUGCUCCCCUCGGACUAUGACCUUUUCAUUAACCUCUCCAGGCACUCCAUUCCCAGAGACAAGUCCCUGUUCUGGGAAAAUAACCACCUCCUUGUUACUAGCUACUCAGAGAACACCCGUCGCUUUACGUCCCUGAGUGAUGUUCUAUAUGGCCGGGUUGCAGAUUUCUUGAGUUGGUGUCGACAGAAACACGGGUCUGGACUGGAUUACCAGUCCUGUCCUACAUCAGAAGAUUGUGAGAACAACCCUGUGGAUUCCUUUUGGAAAAGGGCAUCCAUUCAGUAUUCGAGAGACAGUUCUGGGGUGAUCUAUGUCAUGCUGAAUGGUUCUGAGCCCACAGGAGCCUAUCCUGUCAAAGGUUUUUUUGCAGAUUUUGAAAUUCCAUACUUACAGAAGGAUAAGAUCACACGAAUCGAGAUCUGGGUCAUGCAUGAGAUUGGGGGAACCAAUGUGGAAUCCUGUGGAGAAGGCAGUGUGAAAAUCCUGGAGGAGAGACUGCAGUCCAUGGGCUUCCGGUCCAGCUGCCUUGACGACUACCUACCAGUGAAGCUCUUAAAGUGCGUGGACCACAGUACUCACUCUGAUUGUGCCUUAAAUUCGGCAGCAGCAUCUACUCAAAGAGAAGUCUCAUCUCUUGAUACAGAGCAGAGUGCCGGCUUUAUCAUUCCUCUCUUGGUGGCUUUAGCCUCAGGUUCUCAAAUGUAACUGGAGACGGUGCUGUCCCAAGAUCCCCAGGCCCCUCACUGCCCUUCUGUAGUUUCUGUCCCUGUUCUGCCUAUGCUGAGCAAUGAAGUGUCUGGAUACUUCAGUCUAGGAAAGUCUACCAGCCUGAGAAGGCAUUUCAAGGACACUUAUGCUUAGUAUUCCAGAAGCAAUAAUUAAUCAAAUCCUAUUUAGCAGGCUAAAUCCGCUACAUUGGAAUUAGAGCAAGUUAUCAUUUUGUUAUUUUUAUAAUGGUAUAAAACAUUGAGACCUGAGCUGUUGUAUAAUCAUAUAGAAUUAACAUAUUUAGAAAAUUCCAAUAGAAUUGUAUUUUAUAUUUUAUGUGUUCCUAUACUUCCAGCAGUGCAUGUGUGUUGACAGCUUGAGAUGUAUGUAUACUAUGAAAACGUACACAUCUACGCCUGAUUUGCAAAGAUUCAUGUAUGAAGAUGUUUAUUUAAUGAUUACUUAUGUUAAAAUAACAACCCGAAAGAUCCAGUAAUGUUUACAUUUUUAUUCAGCUGCUUAGGUCUGCUUAUAGAAAAUAUCAUGUGCCUAUGGGAGGGAAUAUCAUUGAACAAGUAAAAGUGUGUUCACCAGCCCAACUGCCCUUGCCCCGGUGAACGCAUAGAUUAACUGCUGUACAUCUCCGCUGUGGGAUACUGCUCAGCAACAAAGAGAAACAAGCUGCAGAUGUGUGCAAUGAUGUCGAUGAAACUCAAAGGAUCAUGCUAAGGGAAAGAAGCCAGACCCACAGGCUACGUGCUGAAUGAGUCUAUUUGUAUAUAUUCCAGAAUGGGCAAAGCUCUAGGAAGGGAGAGCGGAUCCGUGUUGCCAGGGGUUGGGGCAGGAGGUGGCUCAGGGCUAGGGAGGGACUGAAUAAAGGGGGCGGUGCAAAGCGAACACCCAGCUGUUGUGUCUCGACUGCGGUGGUUUGUUACAUGAAUCUUUGUAUUUCUCAAAACUUUUAGAGUUGCAUAUCAAAAAAGAGUCCAUCUCACUAUACGUAGAUGAAGAAUGUCUCCAGAGGACAUUUAAUCACAUAGGGAAAUGUGAACAGUGAGGGCAAGAGUAGGAUGUGAGACUUUAUCAUAUGACCCACUUAUCUAAAAUAUAAUACAACUUUAACAAA